AACAUUCCCCCCACCAUCAUUUUUGCCUCCAUUUAGAGAAAAUUAAGAUUACCAGAGAGCUUAAUUUAUCCGAUAACCACAGAGCUUCGAACACUCCCACAUUCUCUCUCUCUCCCUCUCAAUGUUUCGCAGAUUCCUCGCCACCUCACUCUCUCGCUCCUCCCCUCCUCCCCUCCUCCACCUCCGCCCCAAAAUCCUCCAAACCCCCAACUCCCUCCUCCGCCCCUACCCGAAACCCACCCCCUCACAGUCACUUCCCCCCAACACCCGAUCCUUAUCCUCCCAUAUGGGCGACGCCCGCCGACCCGGUUCGGUUCCCAUUCCCGACAUCGAAAGAGCCGACCGCUCCGAGCUCCUCCGCGCUCUGGAGGCCUCUCUGGGCUCGGCCUUCAGCUCCGAGCCGCUCUGGCCCAGCCCCAGACCCCUAAUCAUCGUCAUCAGUGGCCCCAGCGGCGUCGGGAAGGACGCCGUCAUAAAAAAGCUCAAGGAUUCCAACGAGAACUUGCAUUUCGUGGUGACGGCGACGACCCGCCCAACGCGGCCCGGCGAAGUUCACGGCAAAGAUUACUACUUUGUGAGUAAAGAGGAGUUUUUGACAAUGGUGGAAAGGAACGAGCUUCUGGAGUACGCGUUGGUGUACGGGGACUACAAGGGGAUCCCCAAACAGCAGAUUAGGGAGGAAUUGGGGAAAGGGUACGACAUCGUUUUGAGGGUCGACAUCCAGGGUGCUCAAACACUGAGGAAGAUUCUUGGGAAUUCGGCCGUUUUCAUAUUUUUUAUGGCAGAGAGUGAGGCCAAGCUUGUGGAGAGGCUGAUUGAUCGAAAAACCGAGACAACGGAGUCGCUUCUUGUGAGGGUUGCCAUGGCUAGGGAGGAGGUGAAGCAUGUUAAGAAUUUCGAUUAUGUUGUGGUGAAUGCGGAGGGGAGGUUGGACAAUGCGGUUAAGUUGGUGGAGUCCAUUAUCGAUGCGGAGAAAGCUAAGGUGCAGCAGAAGAGGUCUGUGAUAUAGCUGUGGAGCCAUCCUAUAGCUUAACAAGCUUCCAGGUACAAUUAAGUUUUUUCUACUUUGAGCUGGAAUUUGGCUAAGAGAGGGACCUGAAGUGCCUAGUACUGCUUGUUUUUGCUGCAUUCUGUUUGUUGUGAAAGGCCAGAGAACGUUGUCAUAUCAGUUGGUACAUUAAAAGGUAUAUGCUGCUAUCUGUUUUUUACGUAUGUUAGCGACUGGUACUACUAUUCUAGAUGAUAACAGUGGAAAGACAUGGAAAUGGUAAUCUAGUUGCUUUUGUAGCCGGCCUCUUGUUUGAGUUUUCUGAAAGUCCCCACGUUCUAGAGAUUUCGUGGAACACCAAAAGAAGAAGAAUUAUUUGUCUAUGACUAUCUAGGUGUAUUCGGUACUUGCGCUACAAAAGCUUUGAAUGGUGAUGAAAUUUUUCGUCUCUAAUAACAUAUGUAUCUCAUUCUGAAUUGAAGAUUCAAUUUUACGUGUUGAGUUGAUAUCGUUGAUAGUUUCGAACUUUCGAUGCAGCCCCUCGGGAAGAUUGGUCAUGACCGAGCUCCCUAGCACAGCCAGAUUAGGUAGAAGAAUUUGAUCAAGUUGUCUAAAGUAUGUCUUCCUCCCUAGCACAGCCAAAUUAUCUUACUCAAGCAUCUGCCCUCCUAAACCUACUACCACCAACAUUUGAACACACCUAAUCCACAGGGACUCAUUCAACGCCCAGCACCUUAAACUUGAAAUCUACCCAAAACAGCAGACUUAUUCAAUACCCAAUUCUUAAAUGUUGCUUCCACCACUCAUUCCACUAUUACGGAAAGAUUACCUAAAACUUAGAUGCAAUUGUGGCGGUAUCCCGAAACAAUCAAAUACUUGAUUGGUUUGAAAUACAAUUACAAUGGCGUCCGGUUGCAGGUAAGUUCUUCUCGAUAUUUUGUUUUUCUCAUUGAUCAUACAACAUUCUUUUUUUCCUUCUCUCUGCUAUGAGUUAUUUUCUAUUAAAUGUGCUAAAUUGUUUCAGGCUUGCAGGAUUGAUUGCAGGUUUGCAUUGUUUAAAGACCCAGCAGAAACAAGAAUGUUCUGAUGUUGAUAACAUAAAAAAUAAAAGUCAACCAGUAUAAGUUUAAAGUUUUAUAUAAAACACUUGAAAGUUCGAGAAAUCUGUAUAUAAAAUCCCAAUUUCGAAGCGGUAAUUUUCAUGAGUAUCUAAAACACUAGUAACGUAAUGUAUUAUUUUACAUGUA